AUGGGCGAGUGUAAGAGUUUCUUUAUAAUAGCUCUUCUAGCUAUAACGAGCGAAGGAAGAGAGCCAUUCAAAGCCCGGGAUGGGUCAUUACCGUUCCUUGUGUAUUUUUCAUCGCGGUACCGAGGCAUCUGCGUCGGAACUCUACUAUCCCGUACUCUUGUCAUCACAGCGGCUGUGUGUGUAACGAAUCCUAACACACACAUCCACGAUUAUCGUCCGAUAAAUGUGGUUACUGGCGCGUCUUAUAGACACCCAAGGAGAGGCGUCCGAGUCCAAGUCACUAAAGUAUUGAUGCCAAAAUGUAUUAACGAUUCAGCAACAAUAGGAUAUACCGUGCAACAAUCACCGGCCAUUAUGGUUCUCAAACGUAAAGUACCAGAUAUUUUAGUGGAAAUACCAUUGAGGCCAAUCGACAUUGACUACAAGGGGGAACAAGUGCUAUCUUUGCACGAGGAGUGUGUUAUGCCUGGCUGGCAUUUCUUUUACAAGGGGGAUAAAAUAUACCCGGUGAACAAAUUCCUGUUGCAACGAAACAUUCGAGUGCAAUUUCUGGAUAUUGUGAAGAAAAAUGUAUGGUGCGAUACGUUGACACUCAAAUUUCAAAAGGCUCUGAUGAACAUUGGGUAUAAAGGAUACUUUGACAGAUCAUAUUCCGUGUGCGUCAGAGACGGUAUGUAUGGCGCUCCAUUAAUAUGCCGUGGUAAACUGGUGGGCAUGAUGAUGGCUCCAGACGCCCAGUGGUCAAACUGCACUGGGUACAGCAAUCUAGUGCAUCUAUUCAAUUCAGAGCACACUUUUAAAUUUAUGUCGUGUGUGAGCAGACUCUUCGAGCCAGAAUUUGACCUGUCGUGGGAGGGUUUCAAAACGUCAUUACAUAUGAGGGAUCAUGAGAAAGACUAUGACUACUUACCGGCUAUGUAUGACAGAGUUUUGGGCGAUUCCAGUACAUCUAGUGAAGGAACAUAG